UGUACGAAAUAGAAAACCGAGUUUGAUUUUUUAUACUGCAAAAAAACACAAGUAUAAAGACAAGUGACAGUAAAAUUUAAAUUGCAAAUCUGUUCUAAUUUGUGACAUACUGAUUUGCGAGGUAACUGCUAUAAUACCAUGAUAGAGCUGUGUACCAAGAGGCGAAUGAUCAUCUCUAUUAUUGCCUUAGGAGUGUUGACCGUAAUUAUUGUACUUUUGGAGGAGAAAUUAACUUCAGAUCCUCACUGGAGUCCUACACCCGUGCCUCAAAGUAAUGAUAGUGGAUUCAGUGCUACUGUCCAUAAACCCAGCUCAUCUUCAAGUCCACAAGAACAGACGAAUUGUUGGGAAUUAGAGGAGUAUAAAAUUGUUGCCGAAUGCUCACGCUGUACUCAGAUCGAAAUCAACAGUGGAAGCAUUCCUGCAUGUAGACUCACGGGCCUGAAGGAAACUGUUCACUGCAAUAUUUCUGGUGCAUUUUUUAGAAGCUGCUCUGAUGUUCCGAGUGUAGCCAAGACAAGAUUUUGGAUCUUUGAAAGUCUUAUGCUUUUUACAGCCGUUGUUUCUUUCGGAUUUUCUCGAUAUCGAACUAGUAUACUUGAAAGACAAACUAUUAAAAAUAUUGAGCGUCGUCUUGCAUCAGGAAUGUGAAAUUGCAUAAAUGUGAGGAGAAAUAUAUUUCAUAGAAAAGUAAAUCCAACCUGAUGCAAUUUUAAUAAGUGGACCUUGUCUCUACUUAGUGCUCAAGACACCAAGUACAAACUCCUUGCUUUAAGAUGAAGAAGAAUAACAAGGAAGCCAAGGAAGAGUUUUACAGACAAACCAAAGGUUAUUUUGAUAGCAUACAAAGUAAACCCAUCCUUCGUCUUCCUGUCUACUCAACGAAGCAUUUGACAACUGGAGAAUGGGAAAUAAUUUUACCCCCACAAAGCUGCGAUAUAUUGUGGAUCUAUGAAGUUUAUCAACUUUUCAAGUGGAUUGAGGUUGCAUUUGUAAGAAUACUGCCAUGCAAAAUUGAUAAUGAAGAUGAUAAUAGCUGUGAUACUCCAUUCAAUAGUCUCCAAACUCAAAUAUCUUAUCAAUGUAAAUGUGAUCCAAUAGUGAAAAUGUUACAGUCCUUUAAUAACUGUGAUGGUGAUUUUGAUGCUAGGUUUCGAAUGUACAAUUUUGCUUCACAUAGAUUAGUUGUGCUCAUUUCAGAAAAGCAAUGGUUAAUUAGUGGUCUCAGCUCUAUUCUGAGAUUUAUGAUCAAGUUUGCAUACAUGAAGUUGAGCUGGGAUUCUUCAUCAAGUUUGCCAUCAUCAACAGAGGCACAGUCCUUGCAAGAAAUUUUAGGGUUUCGAGGUGGAUGUUUACAGGCAUGUUCUGAGGUUUCGGUUUGGACAAAAUUUUGUGAAGUCGAUAUAUUUGAAGGCUUAGAGGUUGCACUAAAUGUCAACGGCACGAAAAAUGAAGUAUUGUCAAGAGAAUUACUCCGGUUUGAAUGCCAUCUAAAAAUGCCUGUCAAGAUGCAUAACAUUAGAAAAGAAAUUAGCAACAAAAGACGACAACAGGAAAUGUCUCAAACUAUCAAGAAUGACAAGGUUUCUCCUAUAGAAAUUGAACAUAAAUUCGCAGAAGGACCCCGAAUGCUACUAUCAGACUUAAUCCUCUACCCAUGCAUUUGUCUCUUCCACUUGCUCUAUGGAUCCCAAACGUGCGAAAAAUAUUUCCCAAACAUUUAUUCAUGGUACUCGACUAUGAAUGAAAGGUUUCAUCUAAGCAAAAACUUGAAACUACCUGGGACUACAGCUUUCCAAUGUCGCGAAACUGGUUAUAUUUGGAAGAUUCCUUGUAUCCUUGAAGAAAGCUUGUACAAGAGUGAUCGUUCACGCUACAAUCCAAAUUCGAGAGUAUUCACAAAACAACAUGACGUGUUGGACGCUUUGGCGGCAAUUAACCUAUCGAAUAUUAAAAUAAAAGAGGUCACCGACGUCGUAGAAGUUCUAAAUUGGGAAGAUAUACCAACUUUGGCUCAACCUGAAGGAGGGAAUCUACCCCCAAGUAGACGAGAGAAGAAAAAUCAGCAACUAUCCAGCAUGACUGUAGAAGUGAUGAAAAUUGUCGAAGCGAAAAGCAAACAACAUAAUUCUACCUCAAGUCCCAUAAGAAUUGUAGAUUUUUGUUCAGGUGGAGGACAUUUAGGUAUCUUGCUGGCUUUCCUACUUCCUAACUGUCAAAUAGUUUUGGUUGAGAAUAAAGAAGAGUCUCUACGCCGUGCUGGAGAAAGAAUCGACCAGCUCAAACUCACAAAUGUAUUGCUGUAUCAAUGCAAUUUGGAUUACUAUUUUAGCCAAUUCGAAAUAGGUGUGGCUCUUCAUGCUUGCGGUUCAUCUACAGAUCUGGUUCUGCAAAAAUGUAUUUCCGCAAAUCCUCCGGCUUCAUUUGUAUGCUGUCCGUGCUGUUACGGUAGUGUUCAGAACAAUCACAUGCUUCAUUACCCGAGAAGCAGUUUAUUUCAAGAAAGUGGUAUUUCCUUGAAACAUUACUUCGUCCUUUCACACGCCUCAGAUCAAACCCACGAUGAAGAGAAUGAGAAGACGGAGCAAGGGAAACUUUGUAUGCAAGUUAUUGAUACUGAUAGAUGUCUAGAAGCACAAGAACAUGGAUAUCAAACAGUUUACCUAAAGAAAAUUGUUCCUCAAACUGCAUCACCCAAAAAUCACAUUUUAGUAGGCUAUAGUAUUUGAUAUGUAUAUGCACCAUUUUUCAAAUAUCUAUAUCUAUAUAUCUUUUAUACCAAUUACUCACUCAUUGAAUAUGUGUUACAUAUGUUUCUUUGUGUACACUCUCUUUGUGAAUACGUCUUAAAUUUAAUUUAUCUAUUAAAUACCCACUAAAAAAUAUGGCUUUGAACAAA